AAAAGACAAGUCUAAGCCUUCUCUCUCCACCGCCUGUUUCUUCUGAGAUGGAUAAACUGCCAGGGGUGAACGUAUCCACUGCUAAUAGCUCGACUGUGGACCGACUUCGUCCUUCGUUCAUAGAGCGUGGUUCCUACGAGCACCUGGAUCCAGGCGAGCUGCAUGUCCUUGUGCCUGUCAUUCUGGGGGUGAUCUGUGUCCUUGGGCUGGCCGGUACUCUCACAUCUAUGGGCAUCCUGAUCUCCAACGCCCACCGUGGGAAACUCUCCCUCAUCAAUGCUCUCAUCCUCAACCUGAUGUUUGCCGACGGCCUUGUCCUGGCAUUCGCCCUCCCGUUCCGUGCCGCCGCCUUCUCCAAACCCACCUGGACGCUUGGCUGGGCAGUGUGCAAGACCUGUGAUUGGUUCCUGCAGAGCUGCAUGGCUGCGAAGAGUUUUACCGUAGCGGUGUUGGCUAAGGCUUGUUACCGUUACGUCUCUAACCCGACUAAACAGGUCAGCAUCCGUCUACGCUCCAUCCUAUUGGUGAUGUGGUUCCUCUGGCUGUCUGCCUGCUCCGCUCCCAUCCCUACCUGGCUGUUCUCCUCACUGCAGAGAGAGACCCGGGGGCUGGUGUGUGUGCAGGUGGUUCCCCCCGAAGCGCAGGACUUCAUGUCGGUCUACGUCAAGGCGUACCCCCUGGGUGUGUUCUGUGCCCCUUUGAGUUUUGCCCUGCUGUAUUUCUGGUGGGCGUAUGGGCGGUGCCAGCGGCGCUGUAGUAAGACCCAGAACCUCCGAACGCAGAUCAGAUCCAGGAAGCUCACGCUGAUGUUGUUCAGUCUGACGGUAGCCAUGGCGAUGCUGUGGCUGCCACAGUGGGUGGUCUGGGUGUGGGAGCGGCACGCCGCGGAGCGAGAGGCACAGGAACCGAGAGAGGAAGAACCCUUUGUCGUCUUCUCUCCCCCUCUCCUCUUCUCCAUCUCCGCCCUGCUCCUCACCUUCUCUCUCUCCCUGGUGAACCCCAUCAUCGUCCUCUCUCUGUCGGAGGAGUUCACAGAGGGGUACAGGGGUCUGUGGAGGCGCCUUACUCUUCGUAAACACACCCCGUCCAACCCAAACCCCAAACCCGGGCCCCACGCACCCACCGCCCCCCAGUCACCUUGCCCACGACCAGAGACCUCAGGCCAGCUGCAGGGAGGAGAUGGAAGCCUAGGCCCCAUCCCUACCCAGGAGACUAGAGUUGAUCCCCAGCCCCAGGCGGAGCAGGGAGGGGUGGAGGAGGUGGAUGUGGAGGGAGAGAGCCCCCGGGAUGGGAUCGUGCUGCUGGAUGUGGAGCAGUUCUGGCAUGAGAGAGAGACAGGCUCGAUGACAGAGGAGAAUGAUCCCAUACCCUGGGAGCACCAAGAGGGAGCACCAGCCGAGGGGAGGAAGUGAAGAGAGGAAGUGAGGGAAGGAAGCAAGGAGCAGAUACACACACCGACCAACAGGACGGGUUCUAAAAGGCAACUCAGUAUUCAGCUACAUCUGUCCUUGUUCACCCCUGAGCUUUGUGUAUCUGUCUAUCUUGUGUGGUUUUUGUGAUCAAAUUGUGUUACCCACCACCACCAGUGAUUUUUAAGCAAAAGGUUGUUUGAGAGUUGUUGGACACUGCCUCAACGAUGCCUGAUACACUAUUUAGCAUCGAGACCAGCCAGUAAGCCUCCCCUCUCUCUUCCUCUCAGCUAGCUCCACAGCGUUCAAACAACCUUCAAACAACACACACAGCGACUAUAUCAGCAGCUGUAAUGGACUGACAUUUGAUUAAACCUCACUGGACUGAAGAUCGGUCAACCCAGGAGUCAACCCCGGCUUCAACACAGGAGUCAACCCAGGCGUCAACACAGGAGUCAACACAGGAGUCAACACAGGAGUCAACACAGGAGACAAUGGUUGGUAUUCAUUCAACUGUGUUUAUGAUAUUGCUUGAUGGGAUACAUUGGUUAUUGUUGUCAUGUUGACUAUUGUUAAAAAAU